AUGGCAUCUAAGAAGGGCGAGGGUGUUUCUGGUGAUUCUUCUGGGUCUGGCUCUGGAGCAGCAGGAGGAAGCGGUGGUGCUGCUGCUGCUGCAGCACCUGCUGCUGCUGCUGCUGGCGUUGGAGUUGCGGGGCUGGGGGGCCAUACCCGUGAAGAUGAGUUAGUCUUUGGGGUUGCACAUAUCUAUGCAAGCUUUAAUGAUACUUUUAUUCACGUAACAGAUCUAUCGGGCAGAGAAACCCUAGUAAGGGUGACAGGGGGCAUGAAGGUAAAGGCUGACAGAGACGAGUCUUCUCCUUAUGCUGCAAUGAUGGCUGCUGCUGAUGUAGCAGCACGCUGCAAGGAGUUGGGUAUUACUGCUGUUCACGUCAGAGUGAGAGCAACAGGAGGAACCAAGAGCAAGACGCCAGGACCCGGCGCUCAGUCCGCACUCAGGGCUUUGGCUCGUUCGGGCUUGCGCAUCGGCCGCAUUGAAGAUGUCACCCCAAUCCCCACCGACAGCACCCGCAGAAAGUCAGGAAGAAGAGGGCGCAGGCUGUGA